AUGGAAGUGCGCGGUCGAGAUGCACGAGUAAUACCAGGCAAGAAAGGACCACCUUUCGACCUUGUAUUAGUUGGAGUCAUGAAUCGUAAUAAACGAAAAUAUUCAAAUGAAAGUCAUUCACAACCCGUUAACCAGCAAUUGAAUUUACCGCAAUAUACCGCGGUAACAACCCUACGAGGCCCGCAAACAGGCGGAUGGGAAGAAAGGAAGUCUUCAACGCAGCCCUCAUCUUGGAAUCAUCAACGAAGCCCUCAACGCAACUCUUACCUUCAAACCAUCAACGAAGCCCUCAACGCAGCUCUCACCUUCAAACCAUCAACGAAGUUCUCAUUUCAUCGAAUAACGAUAACAGAUGACGAUGAUGAUAUUAUUACAUCAGAUAGAGAUAGUUCAGACAGUGAAGACGAAAAAGUUACCCAAGCGCAUCCCACAAGGUCUACCUUUGUAGGAUUGGCCAGAGCCAGGAUCAAGACCGUGGAAGCUCUAGCAUCUUCAUCAGCAUUGAAUACUCAAACGCCCAGUACACCCACUCAUGUAUUUCCACAACCGAAUCCAAUGCUCAACUUGCCAAAAAUGAUGCUGCCAACUUUCGACGGAAACUACCAACAAUGGCAAUCCUUCCAUGACUUCUUCAUAUCCAUGAUUUACGAUCAACUUUCAGUGACAAAGGUAGUUAAAUUGUACCAUCUUCGCUCAGCACUCACAGGAGAUGCUGCAAAAAUUAUUCAAUCAUUGGAAAUAACCGACCACAAUUACGAUGGCGCAUGGAAACUCAUUUCCUCUCACAUAGGUGCGGAGCACUCGAAGACAUUUAUAGGACGGAUUCAAGCAUCCAGUCAAAAUCGAACCCAUCCUUAUCAAAUAACGGAAAUAAAGACUCAUCCAGGCAACGAAUUUAAGGGAUCGUGUAGAGUCCGUUUUCAAGCCCACAACACAUUACUGCAUUCAGACGAAGGGGCACCCGAUGCACGGGGCACCGCACCUCCAGGGACGAUCAAAUCAGUAUCAAAUGCAGCUUUCGUCUCAGCGCUGACAUCACAGUCAGGUUACGAAGCGCUUUUGGGAUUAGCGGUAAUCAACGUCCUGGAACAACACGGCAGAUCGCACACGUGUCGAGCCUUGCUAGACAGCGAUUCGACCUCAAACUUCAUGUCAUCACGUUUGAGUCACGAUCUGCAAUUAAGAAUUCACGAACAAGACAUCGAGAUAGGCGGAAUAGGUGGAACAUGCACUCAGAGCACCUAUUACACAAAAGCACGAAUUGGUUCCAGAUUCAAUGGAUAUUGUGCAAUCCUGAAUUUCUUAGUUAUGGAAAGGGUUACAAGAAACCUACCAGUCCUUACGAAAACAGAUAGGCCUUGGGAUACACCACCUAACCUUAAAUUAGCGGAUCCAGUGUACCAUGCAGGCGGCGAGGUUGACAUCGUUAUCGGAAUUGGACUCUUCUGGAAUCUCAUUUGCGUAGGGCAAAUUAGGCUAGGCCGAGGACUUCCAGUGUUGCAGCAGACAAAACUUGGCUGGAUAAUAGCAGGUGAUCUUUCCAACGUUUCAGGUGAUCCUCGCGCAAUGUGCAAUCUCAGCCUCAGCAGAUUGGAUACUCAGAUUGAGAUAUUCUGGCACAUUGAAGAUUUUCUUAAUCAUCACCUUAUCUUAUCAUCAGAGGAAGCUCGGUGACCAGCCAGAAUCUUUGGGCGAUUCGUUUCGCAUGGCUUAUAAAAGAUUGGAAUCUGUCGAGACGCGCUUAAGACGAGAACCAUAGCUGAAGGAAUUAUAUUUCGCAUUCAUGAAGGAAUAUAAAGAAUUAGGUCAGAUGAGAGCAGUAAAUGGUGAGUCCUUACAAGGUCAUGAAAUAAAGUAUUAUCUUCCUCAUCAUGCAGUUUUAAGACCGGAGAGCACGACAACAAAGUUGCGAGUCGUCUUCGACGGAUCAGCAAAAAGUACUUCCGGCCAGUCGCUGAAUGACAUACUACUCAUUGGGCCCACUGUUCAGCAAGAUCUCCUCUCACUGGUGUUACGUUUCAGACUUCACCGCAUUGGCAUCACUGCGGACAUCGAGAAAA